AUGGCAAGGGAUGGAGACGUCCCAACAAUCUUCAAUCCUAAAAGAGUGCGUGCACCGUCUGUAAUUAUUACAAGCGAAGAGGUGGUAGAGGCUGAUCGCAGUAUUGAUGUCGAAAGGGAGCGGCCGAAUGGGCCCCCAACACCUUUGAGUCCUCGGGCACCCUUGACGCCCCAAACAUCUGUUUCAUCAGCUCCACCUCUCACUACACAACCUUCGUUGCAGCAAACCUUCAGUGAAUCGGCAGCCAGUAGUCAGGAUGAAGAAAGGCAGGUCAGAGAUAAAGGUUGCCCGCGCUCUUGCUGUUCGAAGAUCGCUAAAAAGAUCUAUUAUGGAGUCUGUGUCACAUUUGUUCUGGUGGCAUCCUGGGUGACUGUAACCCAUUGUAUCAAAUAUCUAUAUUUACAAGACUAUUCCCCUAUACAUAGUGCAGAUUUUUCAAUGUUCAAUAAUUAUACAUCAAGAUUUCGCACACAUCACUUAUAUAAUGCACCAUUCUUCACGGCAUGGUUCUGCACCAACUGGUUGAUACUAUUCUAUCCAAUAUAUCUAAUUGUAAUGCUCAUACACAACAAGUGCAAAUCAGCAAAUUCUAUAGCAUGCAACGCAUUUAAUGAUUUUAAAGAAAAGGGCUUCACUUUUGCCCGUUUCCUCAGUCGCUGCAGUCUGUUCUGUCUGCUAUGGGUGGUAACAAUAUACAUGUACACAUACUCUCUCAAGAUUCUGUUGUCCACGGAUGUGGUGGCUCUCUUUGCAACCAAUGUUUCCUGUAUCUAUCUUCUGUCCUGGGUCAUACUUCAUGAACAAUUUGUUGGAGUUCGGAUCGUAGCUGCGAUCCUCUGUGAUACAGGCAUCGCCCUACUGGCCUACAUGGACGGUAUCACAGGCAACUCUACGCUGGGCGGAGUCGUACUAGCCGCCUGCGCAGCUGCAGGUUUCGCUAUAUUCAAGGUGCUGUUCAGAAAAGUGAUGGGUGAGGUGAACACAGGUCAACGAGCGUUGUUCUUUUCAAUCCUGGGUAUAGUGAAUGCCACAUUACUGUGGCCGGUGUGCCUGGCUCUUUAUCUCACAGGCACAGAGCUUCUACCAGCCCAUCGGAUGCCCUGGAUGCACUUGCUGAUAGCCAGCGUCGCCUUACUGGUAUUCCACAUGGGAUUUCAAUUCGGCAACUUAGUGACGUAUAAUAUAUUCGUCUCGAUCGCACUCAUCACUGCUGUACCUGUAUCAGCUGCUCUGGACGUGGUGCUAUACGGCGUGUGCUUCGAAGGCAUGAAGCUAUCGGGAAUAAUACUAAUAACAGUGGGCUUCUCUUUGGUGAUGUUGCCCGAUAACUGGCCCGACUACAUCAUGAGGUUGCUCAGAUGGAGCCGUCGUCGUCAACGCGGCAAUGACGGUUCCGGUAGAAACCGAGACACUGUGGACUACCGCACCGGAUACAUACGCUCGCAUCUGAGGUCGCCGUCCGGGCGUGUCAGGUGA